AACAACGUGUGGCAACGCCGUUCUUUUUUCUUUUUUUUUUUUUCUCUUCGUUUAUUUAUUCUUCUUGAAGCAUUGCAGAGGUAAUGGAAGUCAUGUUCUAGAGUGUUACAACAUGACCAGAGUUCGAAGGAAGGACGUGCGAUGCAUUGCCACGGAGCAGAGUCCCGCCCAGCCGCUUUCGAGGAAAACGUUGUUUUGCAAAGCAUUUCGUUGUUUUUGUCCCGCCGUUCCGAUCGCUCGUGUCGUGUGACAAGUGUCUCUCCCGAUACCCAGCGCGGCAAAAAUAUGUAUUGUCAUAAACGUCUGCCUUCACGAAGAAAUCGAUGAAUAACGAGACAAUCGAUCCCCUAACAAAAAAUUAGUGCAAGUCCGCGAAAAUCCUUCGUUAUGCAAUCCACCCCUCGCCGCUUUAGCCCCGACAGAAGACAAAGCUUCUCUCUUCGCCAGACUCCCUUCCUUCCCGUGACGUUCCUCCCUUCCCUUGUGUCGUCACGUAGCGGGAACAGCCAAUCCGCACCGGCUCUUCCCUCCCCCAAUGUCCGGUCGAUAUGGAAGAAAUUCCGCUGAGAGCGCAUUCUGGAGGAAUACGGGAGGACAAAAACGUCGCGACGUCUUCGGAGUGAACAAACAAGGAAGAACUUACGUCCUUGGACAUGGACGACGCGCGUGACGUUGACGUAACGUAUAUGACAGGAACUUUAUGAACGAAACGAAGGGACCAACAUCGCAUUUUGCUCUUAUAGACGGCAUUCGGGAAGCAUGGAGGUGAUGAUAAACGUGUCCCGCCGCUUUGCGGCGAUGUCCGAUCCUCGUGUCCAGCACUGGCCCUUUAUGGACAGCCCGCUGCCGUGCAUCACGCUCAUCGUAGCUUACGUUUAUUUCGCUCGCGUCACCGGUCCGCAGUUUAUGCGAGAUCGCAAGCCUUACAAGCUACGUACUCUCAUCUUCUUCUACAACCUAGCCAAUGUCUUCUUCAGCGCCUUCUUCGCGGUUCAGUUCUUCAGCAAGACAUACAUCGGUGGCGGCUACAACUGGUUGUGCCAACCGGUCGACUACUCGGACACAGAGGGGAACAACUCUCUGCUCCGUCUUUCGUGGUGGUACCUCAUGCUGAAGAUGUUCGACUUGGUGGACACUGUGUUCUUCGUGCUGACAAAGAAGCAGAGUCACGUGACUCCUCUUCACGUUGCUCACCAUGCCAUGGUGGUGACGACGGUGUGGUUAGUGGUCAAGUUCGCGUGCGGGGGACAGAACAUUUUGACGGCUUGUUUGAACAGUUGCAUUCACGUUCUUAUGUACAGCUACUACUGUCUCUCGCUUAUGGGACCAGCAGUGCAGAAGCACCUUUGGUGGAAGAGGUAUUUGACGCAACUGCAGAUGGCACAGUUCGGUUUCUUGACAGUCCACGCGACGCUGCCGCUCUUUUUUCCGUGCGGCUUUCCCACUUUUUUCUCCUGGUUGUGCAUCGGAGAGUGCGUUUUCUUUCUGGUCAUGUUUGCAAAGUUCUACACCAGGAGUUACAAGGCGAAGCCGGAAUGAUUAUGUAUCCGUUUCCUGUGUUUGCGAAGCGCCUCCUAUUUACUAAGGGGGAACACGGACAGUCCACAGUUUUGUGCCCUUUGAUUCAACCAUGGACCGCCUUUUAUUUGUCUCGCGUUCAAACUCAGGUGCAGCUUUGUUUGCGACGGAGAUAAUGUAACCUACAUAUAAGUUAACUGCGCGCCCCAUUUCGUCUUUCAUAUUGUGGAAAUGUACGUCGAUUUGAGACAGACAAUUUUCUGUUCGUGCAUCGAGUGAGACCAGUUGUCCGUCGUUAAAUCUCCCACCUUUGUUCAUCGUUUGCGCGGCUACUUGCGAUCAGUUUGUUAUGUAUAUUCUUAUGCAAUGUCAUGACUGCGUUUAAAUUACUUUGAUAUGUGUUUCCUCGCGCGUUUUGUAACAAUGCAAAGAGAAUGACGUGUUUGUUAUCAUGUCUAGGAUAAUAUGCUGUGUAUGUCGAAAGAGGACUCCAAUAUAAUGCUUAUAUAAACUUUUAUUUCUACGA